GAGUCCCUAUAAAUUCACUUCCGCACAUCGCUGUGGUCGCGAUGGAGCCAUGGUCGCUCUGACACCUGGGGAUGAGAGCGACGACAUCGGCUAUGGGCCACUUUUCAAAACACUCAAUACGGUGUCCUCGGUGUUGUCCAUCCUGGGCUGCUUGCUGGUCAUCGGCGCAUUUUUAGGCUUCCCAGCCUUGAGGCGCUACUUUGCGCGCUUGGUGCUCUACUUGGCCAUCAGUGAUCUUUGGCUUUGUACUUCCUUUCUCAUGGGUGAAUUUGAACGUCCGCACUAUACCAAGUGUGUGGUGCAGUCAAUGUUAGGCAUCUUCUUUGGCCUGUCUUCCGUCCUGUGGACUGUGGCCAUUGCAGACUCCAUCCGCCGCAUCGUCAUGGCUCGAGAUUUGACGGUGGAGAGUCGGCAUGAGAAGCGGCUUCAUAUAGUGAGCUGGGGCUUGCCCUUGCUGGCCCUGGGCACGGUGCUGCUCUUGGGCGCUUCGGGCCCCAGCGGCAUGAUCUGCUGGAUUGAGAAUUCCGCCUUGGGCACUGUCUUGCGCCUCUCCACCUUCUAUUUGCCCCUUUGGUUGGCGAUCGCGUACUCGCUUUGGGUCUACUGGUGUGUCUCCCAGCGCCUGAGCCAUUUGCUGGACGAAGUCGCGUCGAGUAAUGCUGAUGAAUACGAAGGAACAGCCUUUGAGUACCACAAGGACCUGGAGCGGCAACGGCGGUCCUUGAGGCUGCUGAUGUUGCUGCCUUUGAUCUUAGUGUUUUGCUGGUCACCAAGCUCUUUGCGCAGGCUUUUAGACGUGAUCUUUCCGCACAUGGGCAGAUCAGUCUUAGAUUAUGUGUGUGUUUUUACUGGUCCAUUGCAGGGCUUUCUCAAUGCCCUGGUCUAUGGCUCGACUCCAGCUGUGCGGGAUGCCAUCACAGGCCGUUUCGACCAUGGUGCUGCGAAGCUGAAGGGAUUAAAGUCCCAGCUGCGGAUGCUGCGACGGAAGAAGCGGAACUUCCAGAACUUGGAGGAGGAGCCAAGUCCAGAUGCUUCCCCUUCCUCACCAGAGCCCACGAUGUUCGGCCGGGGUGUGGAGGAGUCCCCCACUCUGGACGGCUCCAGCUCGAUCCAAAUGGGAGAGAAGUCACAGGCCAAGGGCCUUGACCUGGAGGAGGUGGUGCCGGUGGUCGCGGGGUGAUGCUCUGCAGCGAAGCGUGGAAUGACCCGGCUUUCUCGGUUUCUAGACGUUUCUAAACCGGCGACAGGUGCACUGAAACAUGGAGACCAAGUCAGCAACGGAGCACCUUGGGGCUUUUUAUUGCCUUUUCCUGGAUGUGUGGGACUUGAAUCCUGAAGGAUGGCGCAAGCCUCUUAUCUACAGCUUGUGUACAUAGCAGCCCUUUGCAGAGGUUGCCGCCGAGGACAUAUGGCAUUCCAGG